AUGAAGUCACAGAAGAACAGCCUGUCUUCCCCGAAGCGAUCGGCUGCCAUUGCUGCGCCGAUCGCGCUCCUUCUAGCUCUCGGGGUCAUCUCGCUCUAUGACUUCGCUUUCUCUGAUCGCUACCCGUACAUUGAUGCCGCGUCGUCGUCCUCGCCGUCUCCGGCCACCGUCAGGGCGUGUAACCUGACGCGUGGCGAGUGGGUGCGGGACGCCGGGGCACCGUACUACACGAACCUGACGUGCCCGUUCAUCGACGACCACCAGAACUGCAUGAAGUUCGGCAAGCCCAGCCUUGAGUACGUGAGCUGGAGGUGGAAGCCGGACGGGUGCGAGCUUCCCCGCUUCGACGCGGCGAGGUUCUUGGAGGCCAUGAGGGGCAAGUCCAUGGCGUUUGUCGGGGACUCGCUCGCCAGGAACCAUUUCAAGUCUUUGUUGUGCCUCUUGUCCAAGGCGGCACAGCCGGUGGAGGUCGGCACGGCGCCGGAGAUCGACGUGACGGGGAGGGCCGUCCGGCGAGACUACCGCUUCGGCAGCCAUGGCUUCACCGCUUCGCUCUUCUGGUCGCCCUUCCUGGUCAAGGCCAACCUGUCGAACGUGACGCUCGGCAUGUGGGACCUCCACCUCGACACGGCGGACGCCCGGUGGGCGGCUCACGUCGCGGAGUUCGACUACAUCGUCAUGUCCGACACCAACUGGUUCCUCCGCCCUUCGGUGUACUACGAGGGCGGCCGCGCCGUCGGGCGCAACGGCGCCGCAGCCAGCGCCGCCGUCCCCAACGUGACCGAGAUCGCCGUGCCCCGCGCCGUGCGCGCCGCGUUCCGCACGGCGCUUGGCGCCCUCCCCGCUGCGCCGGGGAGGUUCCGCGGCAAGGCGAUCCUCCGGACGGUGACCCCCGCGCACUUCGAGAACGGCGGGUGGAACACCGGCGGCGACUGCGUCCGCACCCGCCCGUUCCGGCGCGACGAGCGCGCCCUGGGCGCCGUCGAAGCCGAGUACCGCGGCGUGCAGGUCGACGCGUUCAGGGAGGCGGAGGCGGCGGUGAGGAGGAACGGCGGGGAGCUGCUGCUGCUGGACAUCACGGAGGCGAUGGACCUGCGGCCGGACGGUCACCCGAGCCGGUACGGGCACCUGCCCGGCGGCAGCGUGGAAGGCAGCUUCGUGGUGGACUGCCUGCAUUGGUGCUUGCCGGGGCCGGUUGACCUGUGGAACGAGCUUCUGUUCCAGAUGCUGGUUGAUCAAUAGUAGCACUUGAUUAUGUAGAUCAUGAGCUCAAGUACUCCGCCAACUUGUCAGCUGUCAAAAUGCAGCUUCUGGAAUCUGAAGUGCAUUACA